GUGAGACAGGGUCUCACUGUAUAGUUCAGAUUGGCUUUGAACUCAAGGAAAUACUCAUGCAUCAGCCUCCCAAGUGCUAGGACAUAACGGUGUGCCCCCAUGCCCUGCAGUCCUCCCCUCUUCUGCAAUGUGAAUCUCGAAACUUCAGUGCUGUGCUUUAGGCUGUGGCUGCAGAGGGAGGGUGUGAGAAUUCCAGAGGCUGAGCCUGCCUGCUUUGCUUCUGUGACAGGCUUGUUGGGCUGCUUGAGGGUUGAGCUGGGGAGGAGAGCUCUGCAAACUGGGGGUGCCCUGGAAGACAGCAUCGCAUCUCCACUUGUGGGGUGCCAGCAGAUGGCACCUGUGAGGCACCAUAACGAGGCCCCAUCCCUUUGCAUUUUAGGGUUUGGACCCAAGGCCUUGAGGCCCUGCAGCCUAAAACUCAGUGUCCCUGUCUUCUGGCUGUUGCUUUCUGUCGGGAAACGUUGGGGUUUUUCAGUGUGUCAGCUUGCAUCUUGUUUUCCUGUCCCGCGUGCCAUUCCAGCAGACAUCCAGGUCCUCACUACAGGGUUUCAUCAGACAGCCCCCUCCACUGUGAACCCGAUCCGUCGCUUCCCGUCCUGUGGGCUCUAGCGCCAUGGCCACGGAGGAGAAGAAGCCGGAGACAGAGGCAGCAAGGGCACAGCCCACCCCCUCCUCCUCAGCCACGCAGAGCAAGCCAACACCUGUUAAACCAAACUAUGCCCUGAAGUUUACCCUGGCUGGCCACACGAAAGCUGUGUCCUCUGUGAAGUUCAGCCCGAAUGGAGAGUGGCUGGCAAGCUCAUCUGCUGAUAAACUCAUUAAAAUUUGGGGUGCAUACGAUGGGAAGUUUGAGAAGACCAUAUCAGGGCACAAGCUGGGAAUAUCGGAUGUGGCCUGGUCCUCGGACUCUAACCUCCUUGUUUCUGCUUCGGAUGACAAAACCUUGAAGAUAUGGGAUGUGAGCUCUGGCAAGUGUCUGAAAACCCUAAAGGGCCACAGCAACUAUGUCUUUUGCUGCAACUUCAACCCGCAGUCCAACCUCAUCGUCUCAGGGUCUUUUGAUGAGAGCGUGAGGAUCUGGGACGUGAAGACGGGGAAGUGCCUCAAGACCCUGCCUGCUCACUCUGACCCGGUCUCAGCUGUUCAUUUUAAUCGUGAUGGAUCCUUGAUAGUUUCCAGUAGCUACGAUGGUCUCUGCCGCAUCUGGGACACUGCGUCCGGACAGUGCCUGAAGACACUCAUCGAUGAUGACAACCCUCCAGUGUCCUUCGUGAAGUUCUCUCCGAAUGGCAAAUACAUCCUGGCGGCCACACUGGACAACACACUGAAGCUCUGGGACUACAGCAAGGGCAAGUGCCUGAAGACGUACACGGGCCACAAGAACGAGAAGUACUGCAUAUUUGCCAAUUUCUCCGUGACUGGCGGGAAGUGGAUCGUGUCUGGCUCUGAGGACAACCUGGUAUACAUCUGGAACCUGCAGACCAAGGAGAUUGUCCAGAAGCUGCAGGGCCACACAGAUGUGGUGAUCUCGACGGCUUGUCACCCCACGGAGAACAUCAUCGCCUCAGCCGCCUUAGAGAACGACAAAACCAUUAAGCUGUGGAAGAGCGACUGCUAAUCCUCCUAGCCCAGAGACUGCCGGAGGUGACUGGUUGACAAGAAGUGCGGCGUGGCGCAGGUGUGGGGCCAAGGCAGCCGCCACGUGCACUGCUCUGAGGACAGCGGGCCAAGGGCUGUGCGCCCCAGGAGGCUCCAGCAUUGCUGGGACGUUUCUUGCCAGCUCUGUCCUCGCCCAGGGAGGAGUUCCUAGUUCAUUUGCUCAGAGGCAACAAAAGUUUUUAAUUUUUUAUUACAAGAGAGCGAAGUUCGAUUUAUCAUGGGUUGUUUUUCCAGUAAUUGUUCUGUACAUUUUUUAUAUUUUCCUACCCAGUGUGAGCGAGCGCUGUGCCCGGCUCGGGUGGCCUGGUGUGGGGUUUCUUCCCCAAUGCUGCCAGCUUGCCGACCCCCUGCCCGUAGCGGUGCCUGGCACAUUUUCUCGUCUUCUGGAACACAAAGCCUUGUGCGGUUUCUUCAUGUCGAGUCCUUUGUAUCAGGAGUUCUGGGCUGUGCACCGACCCAUGGUGACCACAGGCCAUGUCCCCUCAUCUCUGGCGUCCACACAGUUGCACAAACUGUAAUAAAAGGUGGGAUUUUGUACGUGCUCCUGGCACCUGCGUUCCAGUGGGAGCUCAUCUCCACCUGGCUUAUUACCUGCGUGGCAGGGCGGGUGGGCAAGGGCGUCCUCGGGGUGUGCCGCCAGUGGUUCUUCCUUUCCAUCAAAGGCUGGGCUUCCUGUGGUGCCUGCGGCCGAGUGCUCUGGUGGGCCUGUUGGGCCUGUGGGUGGCACUGUCACCUGUGUCCUAGGCCAGGCUCGGUGACUAGUGCAGGAAGGAAUGGUGCUCUGGUGCCCACAAGGCUCAGCCUCCUGCCAUCCUGGUGUCCUCGGGGGCACUUGGUGUCACCUGAGCCUCCUGUGCAGCCCCACCCCAACUGGAGCCGCUGGCAUCUGGCUCCUCAGGGAUCGGGUCUGAGGAACAGUGGUGGCCAGGUUUAUAGCUACUGCCUGGCUGUGCCCAUGGCGAGCCUGACCGGAAGGAAGUGGACGUGGGGUUCCAGCCCACAUCUGUCAUAGAGACUGGGGAGUGGCUGCACGAGUGUCGCACAUCGCCCUGCCGGGUCCUGUCAGCAACACUGGGGAGCCAGGCUUGGGCUGGGCAUGUAGAGUCCUGCGCUGGGGCCAGCGCCCAGGCGGAGCCUGUCGGACCUUAGUUGGACAGACAGGCCCAGAGCAGGAAGAGCCUGUGGAGACCCACAGUGAGCCCUGGUCCCCAGCCAGGCCUUGAGCAUCCUCAGUGGCUGCUGUCGUGUGGUGUGAGGUAAGAACCCCAGAAGGCUCUGAGGAGGGUCAUGCAGUUUCCCGUCCCUCCCCACGGGCGGAGGGGCACGGUGGGUUGGGGCUGGCGGUGGUGGCAGUAUCUGGUGGCAGCAGGAGGGGGCUCUGGCAUUAACACCCAGGAGUGGGGUCCGAGACCUGCAUCUGCUGCCUGUGUGACAGGCGCCUUCCGCCUGGCCGUCCAGGUCAGCCCUUCCUGGGCGGGGAGAAAGUUGCUGUGCCGAGCGCUGUGUCCUGAAUAGAGUUUAUUUUUUCUACAGUUGAACUUUCUGUUGUAGAUUUAUGUAAAAAUACAUUCUCUUUCAAAAUAAAGAUUUGUGUCUUGUAA